AUGCCAAGCGACAAGACCAUUGGCGGUGGAGAUGACGCUUUCAACACGUUCUUCUCAGAGACUGGUGCUGGAAAACACGUGCCUCGGUGUGUGAUGGUGGACUUGGAACCUACGGUGGUUGACGAGGUGCGCACAGGCACAUACCGCCAGCUCUUCCAUCCGGAACAAUUGAUUUCUGGAAAAGAGGACGCGGCCAACAACUUUGCACGAGGUCACUACACCAUUGGCAAAGAAAUUGUGGAUUUGGUUUUGGACAGGAUUCGCAAACUCGCGGACAACUGCACAGGAUUGCAGGGUUUCUGUGUGUACAAUGCCUGCGGUGGUGGCACCGGUUCUGGUUUGGGCUGCCUGAUGUUGGAACGUUUGUCGGUCGAUUACGGCAAAAAGAGCAAGAUCUCCUUCACCGUGUGGUGCUGCCCACAGGUUGCCACGGCUGUGGUCGAACCCUACAACACGGUGUUGUGUGUGCAUUCGUUGUUGGAGCACACCGACGUGACCAUCAUGUACGAUAACGAAGCACUCUACGAUAUUUGUCGCCGCAACCUGGACAUCGAACGACCAACCUACACCAAUUUGAACCGACUGAUCGCCCAGAUCAUUUCGAGUUUGACUGCUUCUCUCCGUUUCGAUGGCGCCUUGAACGUUGACAUCACUGAGUUCCAGACAAAUUUGGUGCCUUAUCCGCGCAUCCACUUCAUGUUGACCUCCUAUGCUCCGGUCAUCUCUGCGGAGAAGGCCUACCACGAGCAGCUCUCUGUGGCAGAGAUCACCAUGUCUGUCUUCGAGCCGGCCUCGAUGAUGGUGAAGUGCGAUCCACGUCAUGGAAAGUACAUGGCCUGCUGCAUGAUGUACCGUGGAGAUGUGGUGCCAAAGGAUGUGAACGCGGCAGUGGCCACCAUCAAGACCAAGCGCACGAUCCAGUUCGUGGAUUGGUGCCCCACUGGCUUCAAGUGCGGCAUUAACUAUCAACCACCCACUGUGGUUCCUGGAGGAGAUUUGGCCAAGGUGAUGCGUGCUUGCUGCAUGAUCUCCAACUCUACCGCCAUCGCAGAGGUCUUCUCUCGCAUUGAUCACAAGUUUGACCUCAUGUAUAGCAAAAGAGCCUUUGUGCACCACUAUGUCGGCGAGGGCAUGGAAGAGGGCGAGUUCUCCGAAGCACGUGAGGAUUUGGCGGCGCUCGAGAAAGACUAUGAAGAGGUUGGCAUCGAGACAGCCGAAGGUUAUCCUGGCGCCAAGCAUCCCUACUCCUGGUGGCGUUCACAGCCUCGGUGGAUGCUGCGUGUUUUCACAGUGCCAUGGCACGGUCAGCGCAUGCUGUUCCUGGCGCUGGGCCACUCACUCACUUGGAGAAGUGCGCCUGUGCCCCUGACUGUCAUGCCGUUGAAGGAUUCUCUGGUCAACCGUCAACAGGCCUUUGGACUGGGCCUGGAGUGGAGCCUCUAUAGCUGGACCAAGCUGAUCACAGUGACAGCAGCACAUCGCGGGUGGCAGAGUGCCGAGGGUUUGUUGGCCAAAAUGACCCAGGAGUCCGUUCUUCCCAGCAUCAUGUGCUUCACUUACGUGCAGCCAUGGAGACAGGCUCUCAAGUGGAUGAGGCGGAGCCGCCUGGAUGUAACUUUCCAGGGCAUGGUAGCUGCGAGCUGUGCAGAGGGUGGCGCGUGGCAAGGCAGUCUGCACUUGGCGCGCGGCGUUGCCAACAUGAAUUGCGCGGGGGCUGGAGCUCCAAACCAUGUGGUUUUAACAGGUGCGGCCCUUGGUGCUUGCGAAAAACGUGGGUUUUGGAGGCGUGCCUUGCAGCUCCUUUCCUUCCCAGAGGCGGACACCAUCAGUAUCGGUGCUGCCAUGGGUGCAUGCGCACGGGCACAGCGGUGA